UAUAAAAACCGAAACUUAGAGACCAAGACUUGGAUCUACUUGGAUGGUCCGAUCAGAUGGCCUCUUCUCCUCCUCUGCAUCAGACAAAGAUUCCUCUGCCCUUGGACCCAGGUGACAAGCCCCUGGAUCAUGAAGCCCACUUAACAUUGGUUCCUAUCCAUAUUGUCACUCAUGCAUCUCAACUUCCCACUGAAUUUUUGGAGCCAUCGGUUGAAAGUAAAUUAGUGAUUGGCUUUGAUUGUGAGGGUGUUGACCUAUGUCGCCAUGGAACUCUCUGUGUCAUGCAGCUUGCAUUUCCAGAUGCUAUAUAUCUGGUUGACGCCAUUCAGGGUGGAGAGAUGCUUAUGAGUGCCUGUAAGCCUGCACUUGAGUCUAGUUACAUCACAAAAGUUGUUCACGAUUGCAAACGAGAUAGUGAGGCACUGUAUUUUCAAUUUGGCAUCAAGUUGAACAAUGUUGUGGAUACCCAGAUUGCUUAUUCGUUGAUAGAGGAGCAAGAAGGACGAACAAGAUCCCCAGAUGACUACAUAUCAUUUGUUGGCCUCCUUGCAGAUCCACGUUAUUGUGGUAUAUCUUAUCUUGAGAAGGAAGAAGUUCGUGUCCUUCUCCGACAGGAUCCAAAGUUUUGGACUUACAGACCAUUAUCAGAAUUAAUGGUCCGUGCAGCUGCAGAUGAUGUCCGCUUUCUUCUCUACAUCUAUCAUAAGAUGAUGGAGAAAUUGAAUCAAAGAUCCUUAUGGUAUCUUGCAGUUCGUGGUGCUCUGUAUUGCCAAUGUUUUUGCAUCAAUGAUAAUGAUUCUGCUGAUUGGCCAUCUCUUCCUCCCAUUCCAGAUAAUGUUGUAAUCGAGGGCAAUGCUCCUGAGGAAGAAAUCCUUUCAGUUCUUGAUGUUCCCCCAGGAAAGAUGGGGCGUGUUAUUGGGAGAAAAGGAGCUGUCAUUUUGUCAAUAAAGGAAUCUUGCAAUGCAGAAAUUCUCAUGGGAGGUGCCAAGGGCCCGCCUGACAAGGUAUUUAUCAUAGGACCAGUGAAGCAGGUGAGGAAAGCGGAAGCUAUGUUAAGGGGAAGAAUGCUGGACAUGUAAUAACAAACCUAUGUUGUGCUUCUCUUAAAACUUCUUGUCUACAAUAAAAAUGAGAGAUUCUGGGAAUUAAUUUCA